GGAAAAGAAAAGAAUUCUCGAACAUCCUUCAUUACUGCUAGAAGAAACCGAAACCAAUUCUAAGAUAACAAGUCUUUCAUCAACACCAAUUCUUCUGCUAACUCCGUCACCCUUUUAGAAACUUUUCCACUUCUCCGGCGACUCCUCUUCGUCGAAAAAAAAAAUCAGGUGUGCCGUCAACUCUUUUUUUUUUCUCAUUCUUUUCAUUUUUUUUACUUCAACUAGUGCGGCAGUAAACUCGAUGCUCUCUCCUUUAUCACUAUCAAAGAGAACAAUCUUCAGAUGGGUUAAUUUAAAAUCAGCCAUCUCUUCAAUUUCAUGCAUUCAAAUGAGUCCAGAAAUUGAUCAAACCGUAUCAAAUGCCACUGAUUUUGAAGCAAAUAUUCAAUUCUUAAGAAAUGAGCUAUACCCAGAUAGCUUAAUUAAAGUUUUACAAAACACAACUGAUGUAAACUCAGCUAUUAAGAUAUUCAAAUGGGCUUCUCUUCAAAAACAUUUUAAUCACACUUCUGAAACUUAUUAUUGGAUAAUUUUGAAGCUGGGUCUUGCUGGUAAUACACUAGAAUUGGAGGGUUUUUGUCAAAAUUUAGUGAAGGAGAAGUGUUCAGGUGUUGAACAUGUUCUUGUCUCAUUGGUUGAGUCAUUUGUUAGACAUCGUAGAGUAUGCGAAGCGAGUUGUGUUCUUGUUAGUAUGAGUUUAGGUGGUUAUAAGCCUGAAAUUAGUUUGUUUAAUGUUGUUUUGAGAGGUGUUGUGGAGGAGAAGAAAGGGUUUAAGGAGUUUGUGUUUGUUUAUAAGGAGAUGGUGAAAGCGGGAUUAACACCGAGUAUUGAUACUUUGAAUUGUUUGAUAGAGGUGUUGUUUGAUUCGAAAAUGGUUGAUUCGGCUUUGGAUCAAUAUCGAAGAUUGAGUAAGAAAUUAUGUAGUCCUAAUAGUCGGACCUUUGAGAUUGUAAUAAAAGGUCUUGUUUUGAAUGAUCGAGUUGAUGAUUCCGUUGUCGUUUUGCAUGAGAUGAUGAGAAUUGGGUGCUUGCCUGAGUUGAGUUUUUAUACAUGUGUUAUACCUUUGUUUUGCGGGGAAAAUAAAUUGGAUGAGGCGAGUAGGUUAUUUCGGAUGAUGCAAACGUCUGAAGUUGUUCCAAAUCCAGUUGUCUAUGGUGCUUUGAUACGAUGUUUGUGUAAGAACCAUCGGUUGGACGAUGUGGUAAACGUUCUUGAGGAGAUUGGAGAGAGUUGUUCGACACUAGAUAAUGAUGUUCUUGUGGAUGUUGUAAAUGAGUUUUGCAGAUUAGGGAAGAUAGAUGAAGCUAUGAAAUUUUUGGACAAUGAAAAUAUUCUUGAAACUUCUCCGUAUAAUGCAUUGCUCGAAGGCUGUUGUAAUGCAGGUAAGUUUAUCAUGGCUAAAGAGGUUCUUGUAAAGAUGUUGAAGAAAAGUCUAGCUGAAUGCGAUUCUUGGAAUAUUCUGAUCAGAUGGCUGUGUGAUAAGGCAAAAAUUAAGAAAGCAAGCGAAUUUGUUGGGAGAAUGAUUAUAACUUCAUCGAUUCCUAAUAGAGACACAUACUCGGCUCUUAUUACCGGUCACUGUAGAUCAAACGAAUCUGAAGAUGCUCUACGACUAUUUGUCCAACUCCGAACCAAAUGUUGGGUUUUGGAUUCCGUUUCUUAUUCUGAGUUAAUCGAAGGUCUCUGUGGGGCGGGAAAGCACCUUGAGGCUAUGGCAGUGUUUCACUACAUGUUUGGGAAUGGAUGCUCGCUUCAGUUUCUCUCAUUCAGUAUACUGAUCAAGACAAUUUGUGAGAAGGGAAUGGUUAAUGAAGCCGUAAGGCUACAGCAGAUGGUUCGUAAUUCUGGUAUGUGUUGCGGUAAUGACACUUAUAAAUAUAUUAUGCUCGGAUUGUCCAACUCAGACGAGCGACGAAGUGUUUUAGUAUAUCUCUCGCGAGUGCUAGUUAUUGGCUGCAAUCUUGAUGCAGAAGCAUAUUGCAUUCUGAUAAGAAGCAUGAUCGCGCAAAAUCGAGGAAAUGAUUGUUCCGUAUUUUUGGCUGAUAUGGUUCAUAAGGGUUUGAUACCCGAUUCUGAAACACUGCAUAGCCUGUUGUCACACUUAACCAACCGAUCUCAGCUAUAUUUGAUUUCAGCUACAAUUGGUGAACUUGCCGUCAAUUCUCAAGUUAUAGAUUCAGUCAUGUAUAACAUAUUGAUUAAUGGUUUCUGGAAAGAGAGACUUAAGACCGAAGCAUGUCGACUGCUCGAUUUAAUGUUGGAGAAGGGUUGGGUUCCGGAUGCUACGACUCAUCGACUGUUAGUUGGAUCAGUUGACAGUAGAGAAAGUAAUGAGAAAAUGUUGACAUAUGAAAACCUAACCAUCAAAGAUAGUGUUACUGACAUUCUUGCCGAUGCCUUGGGAGAAACAUGAUGUUGUACAUAGUGUAGAUGUAAUAAUCCUUUCAAUUGUCAAAUACACAAAAAAGUA